CCGGUAGAAUGGGUAUCGUUGUGGUUCCGAGUACCAUUCAUGCUUUUGAUUGGUGAUAUUCGGCAAGGAUUGUUUUAUGCCAUAUUGUUCAGUUUUUGGCUUAUUUUUACUGGCGAACAUCUCAUCGACGAUACGUCCAGAAAUAAUCUGAGUUCUUACUGGCGCAACUUGACGUCUGUAUUAGUUGGAUCGGCGUGUUUCUUAAUUUAUGAUAUGGCUGAACGUGGCAUGCAGCUGGUCAAUCCAUUCUUCAACAUAUGGUCAUCCGAAAUGGGCUCACGAUUGGCCUACACGUCAAUUUAUACAGCAUCGCUGUGCGUACUCUUGUAUUUUGGUUUUCUCGCUUACAAAGUAUACUGUGUAUGGAUAACGAUCAGGAGGAAACGUGCUGCACAGCUAUACCGGAACAGUGAAAUUCGACGACUGAAAGUAUACCUUCUUUGA